AUGAUUCGUAUUUGGGAUUGUUUUUUGUUGGAAGGACCAAAAGUAUUAUUUCGUUUCGCUGUUGCAUUACUGUCGAUUCAUGAAAACGAGGUUUUACAAAGGAUGGAUACGAUAUCUGUAAUGAAAAUUCUUAAGGCAUCUGUGCGCUUAACUUAUGAUUAUAACGGUUUAUUUAAACUUGCAUUUGACAAAACAAACCAAUUCCCCUCACGGCGCCAAAUUGAACAAAAGCAAAAAGGAUAUUUAGUGAUACUUCAAGAUCGAUUAUCUAGAAGACGUCAACUUAGGAGAAUUCUAAGUUCGACAUCUCCUGUUAAUCAAAAUAUUUCAACUAUGGAAUUAAUCGCUUUUAGCGGAGAAGAAGGUCUUGGAUACAUUUGCUCUGGAAGCCAAACAAGAGGAAUCAUAUCGCAGUUGAAAUUAGUCCAAGGCUCAUGUACUUUGGAAAAACUUGCUAUUGAAUUCGAUUGCCGAAUAAUAUCGAUGACUUUCGCCAAUGAAAAUAAUGCAUUCAUCUCUCUACUCUCCGGUUAUAUUGUAGCAUUGCAAAUCAAAGGCACAGACUGCGAAAUUUUAUGGGAAUUAAAACUGAGCGAUGUAGCACUAAAGUUGAUGCAUCAUGAUGAACGUCUUUAUGCUGCUCUCGCCAAUGGGACUUUAACCGUUAUAGAGGUAAGUAUUAACAGAAUUCACAACUUAACUUCUGGCCUGAAGGUCCACGAAUUGGUGCCGGUUGAAUUGGAACUUUACCAUUUGCCAAUCGGAGCAGCUCCAAUAACACAUAUGGUUGUAGUUGAUGGCACAAUGUGGCUUGCUGUAGCUUGCAAAGUCGUUAUCCUUAGCAUGUCGACCUUAACGACUUUAAGAAGAAUAUAUGUAGCGUCACCGGCAAGUGGUGGAGGAGUUCCUUUAUUCGAAAAAAUUAGAUGUAUGAGCUGCUCUCCGUAUGGCGUAUGGAUUGUUACGGCACACUCAACUUUAAUUCAGUUAUGGAAAGAUUCGGAUUGCUUAUUAUUAUUCGAUAUUGCUUUUGAUCACUCGCAUAAGAAACCAAGUUUGUCGGACAAUGGUAGCAAAAAUAGUUCCACUGAAAUUUCAACGAUUCUAUUCGUUCAUAAACAAAUUUGGGUCGGUACAAGUGAUGGUUAUUUAAUUAUUUAUCGCAUACGCGAUGCGGAAACGAUGCGAGAAAUAACCAAUGAAUGCAUCUUACAAAAUCAAAAGUACCCCGUCGGGCGACGUCUCUCACCCAGUUAUGGUGCGAGUUCCGCAACACAUCAGACUCCAUCUUAUUAUAUUCCAACUGAAUCGGAAAUGCAACCCGAUGAAUCGGUUAAUGAAAAAUCGUUUGGAUCAAACAAUCGACGUGCACGAAAAAUCUCUCUCUUUAUGGAUCAGAGCACAAAAAAAUACAGCGAUCAGCAAUCAUCGCUAUUUUGCGCAGCAUUUGACGUUGAAGCGAAGGAAAUGCGAUUAUGUGCACCUAUGAAAAAGAUAACUCCACCGUCAAAAAAUGAUUUGAGUACGUUUAAUUCGACGCAGUCCUCUGUCGUUUCAAUGGAAUAUGACGAUCUCUUCGAAAUGUACUCCGAUGGUGAAAGUAUCAAUUGUCCACUGUGUUAUGCAUCGUCAAAAAAAUUUUGCGUGUUGCCAUCGACAUCUGGAAUUCAACAUAAUGGUACUCAAGGCUUACAAUUUUCAUCAAGUAAGAGAACACUUAAUAAUAUGAGGUAUAGUAUGUAUAUAGUAAUAUGA